CAUACUUGCACAACGAUGCUCCGCCCGCUGCCCGCGUGCCCUCAGCCGCGGGCGCUCGAGGAGGUGCGGCCUCAUCAUCGUUGACGUGCCUUUUUCCAUCCCUGCUGCCAAGCAAGUCGCAAAGAAGUCGCUGCAGCGCGUCGACUCUACACCAUGUCCCGAGCAGACGCUGCAAUGGCCCCGCCCAACAGAGCUCCCACUCGCGACCUGGCCUCGUCCAACUCUACCGCCAACGCCUUUCUAGGCGGUCGUUCGUUGCCUUCAUGGAUUACCGGCGGCGCUCCUUCUCCGCACCUGCCUCAAAAGGACCGCCCUCCUCGCCUUCCGCCGCCUCAGGUCCUCACGCCGCCCGUUCGAAUGCAAUCGUCGACCCCGAACAACCUGUUGCCCUCACCCGCUCCGAGCGAAGACAGGCCGAUCAUUGUCGAUCUUGCUGCUGAUGACCACGACUCCGAGUCGGAGCGUCGACGAACACACAAGCGUCGCCGUACGGAUGCCUCUGCUCCCGCUUCAUUUGUUGCCGCACCCAUCCCACGGCCACCGACGCGAAUUAAUACCAGUGUUAGCCAGUCGCUCCCCCCGAAUCAGCCCGCUCCGGAUCCUCAAGCGCAAUGUCACUCCCCUGAAUACUGCAAUGCGAGGCUUCAGGAUCUAAUGCGUCAUUUUCCAAUCAACACUCUCGGCCACCUCGAGAGGACUAGACUUGGUUUGAUCCAGGAAGCCGUUCAUACCAAUGACUAUGUCUAUUUGACCUUCCACCAGUUCAUGUGCUUACAUUCCGUCGAUCCAGAACGCUUACCACUUGAAAUAAAGCAUCUGAGAGGCGCAAGCGAAGCGUUUGAUCUGCUCUACACCUUGUUGAUGAGCAAUUCUGAACUUCGACCAGAAGUGGUAGUUUACUUUACCAUAUUUCCAGCUUCCCUCACAGAUAUGAGGAUGAAGUGGCCAAACCUUUUGGCCAACGAAAUCGAACGCUUCAAGUUGUUCGUCAUUCGUUCUCAACACGGAUGGACAAGGUUGCAACAGGAAUGCAAACAACGAGGAUGGCCUCCAAUGGUGCAAGAGCUCAUCCUUUAUCUAGGCAUCGACUCACCUUUGCUCCAGCAAACAGUAUACAGGGCCAUUGUGAGACGUUUGUGGUUGCCAUCACAUUUGGAUGGAGCUGCCGCUUCAAGGUUAUUCUGGAGAGAGAGUGAAGGGCUAUUUGCCAAGCAUCAACAACGCUUCAACCAGGUUAUUCUAUCCCGAGGUUCACCUAUGCCUUCUGAACGACAAUCGGCGCAAGAGGCUCAGCAAUACAGUACCUUUUUCAUUCACAUUUACAAUAAGUUUCUCGAGUUACUGCAUAACUCUGCACCUCGUGCUAUUCCCGUCGUUCCCCUAACAUCGAACGUGGACCAGCAAACCAUGUAUCCUCGUAGAAUACCUCCAACAGGGUUCGCUACCACUGGGCAGCAAAUGCAGAUGAACCAAAUGGCUUUUGCUCGAAAUGCUGUUCCGCAUUACCACCACCAUCACCAUGUUAAUCGUGGCAUGAUGCCUUUCGCUGGAUCUAGUUCGUCAGUCCCACCGUCAACCAUGGGUCUGGCACGUCCACCGACCAACGCAGUGCUUCAAUCCAUGCCACGGCAGAUGAAUGGCGAGUUACAACAACGCCGACAAACAAUGCCAGCGCAGGGAAGCUCAUCGCUGUUUAUACCUCCAGCAGGCUACACGGCCUUACAGGCGGCUCAACCUGAUCCUACUCGCGUGGCUUUGCAUCAAGCGCAUUUGCGCAGUCCAAAACUAAGAGCGAUGCUAAGUAAAGAAGAGCCGGCUAUUAUCGACAAAUUUUAUCGAUUUGUGGUAGGUUUCAGCCUAGAGCCAACCAAGCUACCGGAAAAUUCUCCUCAAACUCGCAUGGCAUUUACAAUCUCGGCCGAGCAAUACGCCUCCCUACCAAUAGGUGAGAUUUCUGAAUCCGGUCCGCUCUUCUCACGGACGAUUUUCGAAACGUCAAAAAUGUAUCGUCUACGAUGUGUGAAGACAAACACGCCGCUGGAUGAGCAGCAGUGGGCGGUCAAAGAUACGGUCUGGCCAAGGGGUGUAUUUCUCAGGUUCAACAACCACCCUCUCGAAGCCCGUAAAAAACUUCAUUACGGAAAGGAUCUACCAAUCGAUCUCACUUCGUACAUCCAGGAAGGCCAGAACGUACUCGAGAUUAACAAUUUGCGGAUGCCCGAGGCCGAAUCAAUCUCUAAUUUUACCAUGGCGAUCGAAGUGGUAGGCUUUCAGCGCCACGACACCAUCAAGGCCGAGUGCCUUGCUGAUCGGCAAAUUCCGUCAGAGGAGGUCCAAGCCUCCAUCAAAGCGAGCCUGAACAGUCCAGAUGACGACGAGAUCGCCGUGGUGAAUGACAACAUCUCGAUCGGACUCUUCGACCCAUUCAGCGGUUGUCGGAUCUUCAAUAUCCCGGUCCGGGGCCGCAGCUGCGUGCAUCGCGACUGCUUCGACCUGGAGACAUACCUGGAGACGCGGGCGUUCCCACGCAAGGAGCCAGCUGCGCCCUCGGCCGUCGACACGUGGAAGUGUCCGCUGUGCAACGCGGACGCGCGGCCCAAGAGCUUGGUUGUGGAUGGUUUUCUCGUCGAGGUCAGAGCGAAGCUCGCGGAGCAGGGCUUGCUGGACACGCGGGCCAUUAUCGUCGAGCCCGACGGAAGCUGGCGCCCGAAGCCAGAGAAGGACAAGGAUAAGGAAAAGAGCCUGGAGUCGCGGCCGGACACCCCUGUUCUCUCUGGAGGCAACGUGGAGCGUCGCAGCAGUAGCCGUGCAGCCGUCUCAGCUGGCCCUACGGUGACACCCCAAGUCAUUGACCUGGACAGCGAUUGAAGUUUCCACUACAAACGACGACUUUGAUUCACCAUACGAUUUUUACGACUUCCCCACGCUCAGGCGUUCGUGAACAAAAUUACGUUAGCAAGCAAGCCCUGGGGGCGCUUUUCACCAUCCAUUCGUGAGAUACCUGCCCCUUUUUUUGGGCGUCUUUUCGUUGUAGUUUCUCUUUCACGUCGGUUUCCAAAAAAGUUACUUUCUCUUUUCCUUCGAUGCUUUUUGGAGUUACGAGCUGGGGAGGAGGGAAAGGCUGGACGGACGGAGUCAUCCGAGGGAUGGCGAUGGGUUGCUGGGCGUGCUUGUUUGUUCUGCGCUGUCUUGUCUAGUCUAUUUAUCUUAUCAUGCUAUAUACUUAUCUCACCCUCCUGCUGGACUGCCGCUGGUGGCGUGCGCCGUUUUGAGUAUGUACGUACGUGCGUUUGGGGUUGGACUGGUUUAGACG